CAGAACGAGGCCUGACACUCGCGGAGCUGCUGCUGUGAACAGAGCUCGAGCGCAGCAACGGCUCGGGCCGCCGUCGCCCGCUAUUUACAAACAGCCGAGUGGGAUUUUUGUUUCUGAAAACACCGGUUCUAGGGCAGACUUUUGGUCUGGGAGUGACUAAGAUGUAAACGGGUGUGCGGGAAGUGUAUUGCUGUGUUUGGAAGUGCAGUGCGGUUAUUUUGGCGCUUGGCUGGGACGGAGGAGCGGGGUUCGUUCGGGCUCCUUCAGGCGUGAGAAGACGGGAUUUAAUGAGCACCAAGGCAGGAAAAACGGACUGUGUGCUGCAGUUUUUCCGUCAAAACCUCCGCCACACCGCACACUCGCAGUCUCUUCAGCCUUCUAGAUUUCACGAGCUCGCCCUGCGAGACGCCCAGAGGCCAUGCCACUGUGAAGCAUGAUGGCAGUCCGUGCACCAGGGAGGGAACCAGGAACAUUGAUGGCUGGAUCUCGAGAUCAAAUGGUCUUCUGAAGAAGCCAUGGGUAGCUGCUGUAGCUGUCCAGAUAAAGAGUCAAUCCCAGAUAACAAUCUAAACAAGUUUAAGGUGAUCAAUGUGGACGAUGAUGGGAACGAGCUAGGUUCGGGCACAAUGGAACUGACGGAGGAUGAGCUCAUCCUUCACACACGCAAGCGUGAUGCUGUCAAGUGGCCCUACUUGUGCCUACGUCGCUAUGGUUAUGACUCUAAUCUGUUCUCCUUUGAGAGUGGUCGCCGCUGCCAGACUGGACAAGGCAUCUUCGCCUUCAAGUGUGCUCGGGCAGAGGAGCUCUUCAACAUGUUGCAGGAUGUAAUGCACAGCAACAGUAUCAGUGUGGUGGAGGAGCCUGUGCAGGACGUGAGCCACGGACCAGCGGAACCAGAGCAGCCAUGCACACCUCGUACCCCCACCACCCCAGGCUACACUGCUCCAGCAUUACCCAAUGGCAUCCCACAUCCCCGAUACCCAUCUUUUGGCGACACAUCUUCACGCCCCUCCAGCCGACACCCAUCUGUGGGCAGCACCCGGCUGCCCUCAGUGGGGGAAGAAUCUACACAUCCCCUCCUGGUAGCAGAUGAGACGAUACACACCUAUGUAAACACUUCUGGGAUUCCAGAGGAUCAGAGCAGCCGUCGGAGCACCCACACCCCCUUGGAGCUGAGACUCUCCAACAGCGAGAGUGUGGCCAUGCCAGAGGAAUCUGAGGCCCAGGUUUUGUUGGAGCCUGAGGGCGCCAAGUUUGUAUUGGGCCCCACACCUGUGCAGAGGCAGCUUAUGGCUAAGGAGCGACAGCGGCAGGCCAUUGAGACAGAAAAGAGGAGUGGAGAACCACCUCCGCUGCCUGCUCCUGGUGGGGGUCUUAACGGUGGCAUAACCUCAGGAAACCCCACCGACUGGGACACGGGCUAUGACAGUGAUGAGCGCAAGGAAACCCCUUCUGGGGGCAAGCUGGCCUACGAGCACUUCAAUGGCACAGCAGCAGCACCCGCCCCAGCUCCUGCCCCUCGCCGCAGCCGACCACCUAUACCCCUCCCCGACGUGCAGAACGUCAACAACUCCGCCCAGCGGAGGACCGCGCUGCUCAACUACGAGAACCUCCCUGCCUUGCCCCCCGUGUGGGAGGCACCCAAGCCUAGCUCAGAGGAUGAGGAGGGAGAUACCUUUGGACCAAAGACGCCGUCCCUCAACGGCUACCAUCAUCAGCACCAUGGCCUUGACCCCACGCACAACUAUGUGAACACGGAGAAUGUAACAGUCCCGCUCAGCGCCCACAAGCUGGACUCUGGCCGGCGGCGGGACCCCUCGGCCCCUACCGUGUUCAACUUUGACUUUCGGCGGCCUGGCCCAGAUCCCCCCCGGCAGCUCAACUACAUAGAGGUGGAGAUGGAGAAGGGCUCGGACUCCAGCAAUCCCCAGACCCCGAAGACCCCCACCACUCCCCUCCCACAAACCCCCACCCGCCGGACAGAGCUGUAUGCAGUCAUCGAUGUCGAGCGUACAGCCGCCAUGUCGAUUCUGCAAAAAGCAAUGCCACGCGACGACGGUACUGCCAGGAAAACGCGGCACAAUAGUACAGACCUGCCCAUGUGAGCCUGGAAACGCUCGGUUUAAAGCUGCACCUUUUUUGUCUUUUUUUACAUGCAAAUAUAAUGAAAUCUUUUGAAGGCUGAAGGGCUUCCAGUAUUUUCUUUGUAUUUGUCUCCAGCAGUAAAACAAAACAUCAGAGGAUUCAGUCUAGUUAAAUGAGUUAUACUGUGUACUUUGUGCUUACCUGAAAGGGAAUUGAAGUAGACCAGGUACAAUACCAUAUCACACAUUUUAUCCUAUAGUAAUCUGCUACAGUUUCUUAAAGCACUAAUUUCCAGUGCCUGUGUACUUUGAUUGUGAAGCACCAAUGAAGUGGUCAACAAGCAUUCCUUACACUUUGCCAAUGGUAUGAAUUGUGACUGCUGUUUGCUUAUUCCUGGUAAGAGCAGUGAAUUUUGGUACCCGGAUGUUGUGUGUACACUACAGUCACUUUGCCACUACAUAAAAUAUAUACAUUUUUAUUUAACAAAUAAAGGCUCUGUUCAGAGCUCAACAUGGUUGUACUUAAAGUACCUUACUCAUGUGGGCAUAAUUUUUUUGCCAGUUGCAUGCAGGCUGAAAUCAAAUGCUUUAAGUUGUUCUGAUUGAAAGGCUUAUUGUUGGUUGUCCAUGAGUACAAAGAUAUAGUUUUAUUGUUCCUGGUUCUGUUUGCUGGAGGUUGUCAAGGUACUGUCAAGUGCCCUUAUGGAAACAUGAUAAAAUCAAAUAAUGCUGUACACUACAAAAGAUACUGUAAUUUUCACAGGAUCUGAGAGUCUUGAGUGGCUUUUUGUUGGUUACUUUUUCAUUGUAUUAUAAUGUAAAAUUUAUAUGUUCUAACAUGCAUUAUAAAAUAGUUUUUGUACCUACCUUAAUAUUGCUUAAAUAUAGGAAUUGUGUAAAAGUAGUUUACAUGUGUUCAAUAAAACCAAUAAAAUAGUAGUGCAAAAAAUUAAACCACCUUGCCAGACAUUUUUGGAAA